CCGUCCACACCAGCGACCGGCCCCUCCACCCCCAGCCUGGCCCUGUCCAACGCAGUGACUGGCCCUUCUGCAAGUCCCAACCCAAGAACCCUCACUUCUGCCCCCAUCCACCCAAGCCCCAGACCUGCAACCAUCCCCUCUAGUAGGGCUGGUGCCAGCAUGUCUCUUCCAAGGGUUCUCUUCCCCUUCCCAUGCCAAGCACUCCUGGAGGUUGAUGCAGGUGGAGGCUGCCCUUGGACCAGGCAGUUAUGGUCGGUUAUGACCCCAAGUCUGAAGUGAAGUCCGUCUCAGCUGUGGAGGUGGCUGUGGCAGGAUCCGCAUCUGGGUUUGUCACUCGGGCUCUAAUCAGCCCUGUGGAUGUCAUCAAGAUUCGCUUUCAGCUUCAGAUUGAACAACUCUCCCCCAGAAACCCACUGGCUAAAUAUUAUGGCAUCUUGCAAACCGCACACCGGAUAUUUCAUGAGGAAGGGCUGACAGCAUUCUGGAAGGGGCAUGUGCCUGCUCAGCUCCUCUCAAUCAGCUAUGGAGCUGUCCAGUUUGUGACUUUUGAGUGCCUGACGGAAUUGGUGCACAAUGCCACACCAUACAACACCCGCAACUUCAUCGUGCACUUUGUGUGUGGCGGCCUGGCUGCUUGCACUGCCACCAUUACAGUUCAGCCUCUUGACACACUGCGCACCCGCUUUGCUGCUCAGGGCGAGCCUAAGGUUUACCGAAAUCUUCGUCAUGCUGUGAUGACCAUGUACCAAACAGAAGGGCCUCUGACCUUCUACAGGGGUUUGACCCCCACUAUCAUUGCUGUCUUUCCAUAUGCUGGUCUCCAGUUCUCCUUUUACAAUCUCCUGCAACAAUUGUAUAAAUGGGUGAUGCCAUCCGAAGGAAUGAAUGCAGGUAAUGUUAAAAACCUCGUGUGUGGCAGCUGUGCCGGAGUUAUCAGCAAAACUCUUACUUACCCUUUCGACCUGUUUAAAAAGCGGUUGCAGGUGGGAGGCUUUGAGCAGGCCCGGGCAGCCUUUGGUCAGGUGCGGACGUACAAGGGUUUAAUGGACUGUGCUGGGCAGAUUGUGCGAGAGGAGGGGCCUGUUGGAUUGUUUAAGGGUCUCUCCCCCAGCUUGCUGAAGGCUGCUCUCUCUACUGGCUUCACCUUCUUCUGGUAUGAAUUGUUCUGCAACCUGCUAUAUGCCCUGAAGGACACUGGCAGCACUAAGGGGCAGGAAAGCUGAAGAGGCAGGACUCAUCAGCUGCAAUUACACUGUGGAGGAGUAAGACUAGUGGCUUCAUUGUCACAUGGAGAGGGAUGGGGAAUGGCUCCUCCCUGCCAGGGCUCUGAAAACAUGUGUCCACUAGCUUUGGAGGAAAGAUCUGUUUGGAACAAAACCAAAGGAGCAGGUGACUGCAGCUUCAGUUGAGGACACUGAGCCCUGAGGUACACUGAGCAUCUUCCAUCAUAUCUCCUAUAGUAUCAGCAUUCACUUUGGGAAAAGGGGUUUUAUAAAAACUGAAUUCUACUACCCAUCUGGCAACAUGCUCUGAAGAGGCAUCUGAUCAAAUGUGUGAAAUCCUUCAAGCACAGGGACCCAUCUGGCUUAGCUAGUGCCACUCAACUAGUGUCAAAUGAUGUCACAUCUGCAAAGCUUCAGCCCUCUGCUUAGGGCCUGUCCAUUUGCUGCAUAUUCUCAUCUCCUUGCUGUACAGGUAACCCCUUCCUUAUUCUGCAUAGACACCUGUCUUCUCUUUGCCAUUAACAUUUACCAGCUCGACAUCCUCAGCCACUUUAAACGUAGCAUCAUCUAGCAACGUUUAUGCCAACACCGAUUUGCUUUCUCACUACAAGUGGCAAGCUUACUUUUGUUUGACAAGUGUCCCUUAUUCUGCCUGUGAGUUCUGCUGUGGGCCUCUUAGGGUUCUACUUUGCUAGUAUAAUGCUCUUACAAACAAGUCUGCAGCUCUAAUGCUGUUUGCUCUCAGGAAGGUCUCUCAAUGCACAAAACCCAAUUUUGCUUCGCACUGACAUGUUGGGGCUAUGCUUUGCUAUUAGAUUGUCAUGAUUAAACAGAUACUAUAAAGAUUUUUUUUUAAACCUACCUUAAAAUAAUGAAGACAGUCCUGUGGAAACUAGUGACUCUUUGAUCAUCAUAGAGCCAAGGAAUUGCUGAGCACCUGCUGUAGUUGGGAGAUUAAUUCUUUGAAUCUCUUGUGGGGGCUUGAGAGAGACCUGAGAACUGCCAGAUAGACUGAGAGAAAUGACAUGGUUGCUCUGUGGAGGGCAUUGGAGCAGAUCUUCCUCCCUGGAAAUAUUUCCAAACCCUCUAUUGUGAAUUAAAUGAUCUUCUAAACCUG